GAAGCUGCUAAAUGUGAAGAUCAUUGAUGAUGAGGAAUAUGAGAAGAACAAGACAUUUACGAUUGUUUUGGAAGAACCGAUCCUGCUGGAGGUUGGACAGAGACAUGGGGACACAAAUGAUAAUAAAACGGCAGUGGGACCAGAGGACGUGUCAAAGAUGGGCUGCCCCAUUCUAGGAGAGCACACUAAGCUGGAGGUGAUCAUCGAGGAAUCGUACGAGUUCAAGAGCACAGUGGACAAGCUCAUCAAGAAGACCAACCUGGCCCUGGUGGUGGGGAGCAGCAGCUGGAGGGAGCAGUUUGUCAGUGCUGUAACUGUCAGCGCAGGUGAUGAUGAUGAAGAGGAGAGUGGGGAAGAACGAUUGCCCUCCUGCUUCGAUUACAUCAUGCACUUCCUGACAGUUUUCUGGAAAGUUCUCUUUGCGUUUGUCCCUCCAACUGAGUACUGGAACGGCUGGGCCUGCUUCUUUGUCUCCAUUUCUCUUAUCGGCGUUCUGACAGCUGUGACGGGCGAUCUGGCCUCACAUUUCGGAUGCACCGUUGGUCUGAAAGACUCGGUCACCGCUGUGGUGUUUGUUGCUCUUGGCACCUCUGUUCCAGACACAUUUGCGAGUAAAGUGGCUGCCAUUCAGGACCAAUAUGCCGACGCUUCUAUUGGGAAUGUGACAGGCAGCAAUGCUGUGAAUGUAUUCCUGGGCAUCGGGGUGGCAUGGACCAUCGCCGCUGUUUACUGGAACACGAAAGGUCAGACAUUCAAGGUGAACCCUGGCUCGCUAGCCUUUUCCGUCACCCUCUUCACCAUCAUGGCGCUGGUAUGUGUGCUCGUGCUGCUCUAUCGCAGGCGCCCCAGUGUUUCAGGCGGUGAGCUUGGGGGCCCACGGACAGCCAAGCUAGUCACUUUCUUUUUUUUCAUCUCCCUCUGGUUCAUCUACAUCCUGCUGUCCUCCUUAGAGGCGUACUGCCAUGUGCCGGGGUUCUAAAUGCAAGGCAAAAGUAAAGACAUGAAUCCUCUUCUUGUUUUUACAGUUUACAGGUUUCUCACUGUUUUUGUCAAUUUUCACAAGAUUUCUAACUAUUUGUAUCAUCAGUAUUAUUGAUACGGCACAAAAUCUAAAUAAUUAUGUAUUUAAGGACUUUGGGACUUUGUUACCACUGAUAAUGCUGUGAAAGCUAGCUUUAGCCUCUGAAACUACUCUUAUCUACUUUUUCUUUUUGUGCUCUUAAGUACUUUAAUUUGUAGAAGAUAUAUACAGUGCUGUGAAAAUGUAUUUACCCCCUUACAUGUUUCCUCUAAUUUUGUCACUUGUGUUUUAGAUCUGAAAAUAUUUUUUAAUAUCACACCAAGAUAAUAUAAAAAGUAGUUUUUAUAAUGAUGGUUUUACUUACAUGUUAAAGGAAAAUGCUUUUAAAACCAAUGAAAAAGUAAUUGGCACCUAAACCUGAUAACUUGCUAUCUAACCACCACCAGUGACAAUAACUCUGCAAGAGUUUGCAGUGCUUAUGAGUCUUUUAAAUUGCUGUUGAGGAAGGGCUGUCAGACCUGAGUAGCAUGAUUAAACUCAUGCUACUUAAUUCUAAUCAAUUUUAGGUCCAGGCUUUAACAUGGCCUUUCUUUACUUAACUUUUUUCUUUUACGUAUUGUUUAAAUCCUUUAAAUGUUUUCCUACUGCUAUUUUUUAGAUGGCCCCUUUAAGUAGAUAUCUACAACUGUAAAUCCUCCCCACCCACACGUGGCACAGUCACCCCUCUCGUUCCAAUCUUCAAUUGUACUGUUGGUCAACAGGUUGCCAGGUCUGCCAACUACCAACGGUAAGCUGAGAGGAAAAAUGUCAAGUAAGGAGCCUUUCACGGUAUAUUAAUUGUUCAUUAAAAGCCUCUUAUUGUUUCUAUAUAAUACUAUUAUUCAGUGGAACAAUCUUCUAGUGAAACACGUCAGUUCCCUUGGAUGAGUUAAACGCAGAUAAGUAACUUCCCAGUUUUGAUCAAUAAAGAAAAUCAUUGUUAGUGGAAAACCAAUAACACAUCAGAGUAAUUUCACACUAGGUUGCUUGCAAAAGAACCAAACAAACUUGCAACAAUGCACCCAUGCCACGUUAGGGUACCAGCUAACCAUUGGUUAACAUAAGCAAACAUUAACUUGCCCGUAAAAGAAAAGCGUCAACCUCCAAGUUGCCUCUGAGCCGCUUAUCCAUCUUAAGUCUUCACCAACUCUCAAGGGCUUCACCUAUGUUUCUCACCUUUUUUUUUUUUUUUUUGAACACCUGAAUAUGAGAAAUGUAAAGCCAAGGAGAAGUCAUUUCUCAGAGCCGUUGCAUCUUAUUUGACUUUAACCUACUAUUCCAAUUCAAGCAGAAUCCUUUCAUGUUAAUGUUGCCAUCACAACCAGAAGUGAAUAUAUAAAACACCUUAUGUGUGCAAGGGGCAAGAUUCUGUCAUCCCUGGUGUCAGAUAAAAGUCAAAUUUACACAAAGUUUCUACUCUGUUCUAUUCUGUUAGGUGUAGCCUGUUAGAGUGAAGUAAAAAUGUGGUUUACUGCUGUUUAUCAUGAUGUAACAAAGGGGUAAUUAUUUUUUAAACAGGACCAGGAUGCUUUUGAUACUUUUAUUCCUUUGGUAAUAAACCCAUCAUUUAAACCCUGCUUUUUGUUUUCAAUCAGGUUCUUAGAGAUUAAAAUUAGUUUGGGCAUCUAAAAUAUUUAAGAGUAAAAAAUAAAAAAUAAAAAGGAAAAAAAAAAAACCUGUGGGGAGGGAAAUAUUUUUUCACUGUAUAUAAUGAUCAGUCUGGGCUUCAGCUCCACCAAACCUACUCCGCUGCUUGACAUUUACAGCUUCUAGCAUAUUUUUCCUCUUCUGUGUAGAUUCCUGAAUAAGUUUGCUUAAUCUUGACAUGGAGAUCCAAUAUUCCUUAAUGGGAGCUAAAGGAUGGAAAAUGAAAGUUGGUGCAUGGGAUGAGGUUACAUCGCACUUUGUCACAAUAUGAUGGACUGAGAAGGACAAAACAUGCUUGUGUAAUCAAUAUAAACAUUAUUGAUUCAUUGUAUACCAUGUAAAAGAUUAACAUUGUGUGUGGGAGUUUUGUGAAAGACUCGGUGUGUUUACUUUUGCACGUACUCAGAUUCAGAGUUUCUUGGUAAUCUAUUUUAGAGUGCUGUACGUAAUAUUUUGGCAUAGCUGUUGAAGUGUUGGUGUAUUUCUCUACGUGUGAAUUACAGAUCUAUCAUAUUCUCUUCACUGCCUGGACCCCUUUCCUUGCAUAGCCUUCUCCAUACUUUUUAGAAAACCAGGCUUUUAAAAAUGUUAUUUAUUUAUUUUUAUUUUUUUGUCUUUACAACAAAAGUGAAGCUGCGGCUUGCUUCCAGAUUGAUUUAUAAAGUUUACAUAUGUGUGUGAAUGUGUAUGUGUGUACAGGUUAGCCCUUUUUUUGGAAUAAAAAUGUUUGAGUAUGGACUCUACAGAUGGUACAUGGUUAUUGUUCAAUGAAUAAAAAAAAAGAAAAAUUAUAGUUUAUGUGCAGAUUCUUCUUGUGAACUUUUUUUAUGACGACACUGUCAAAAGCACAGCUGACAUAUUUUUCAAUGAGAGAAGCAAUCAUCAUAACCCCAUUACCAAAUGUUUGACCUGAAAAAUGUGUUAAAAAGAGCACAUGUGUACAGUGUUAAUUGAGAGUGUUGCAGUGUUACACAGCCGUUGAUGCUGAAAGGUUUUUUAUUAUUGUUUAUUUAACUUAGAGUAUGUAUAGCCAUAUUUAUUGUUACUGUAUUACUGUAGAGCUAUUUAUAUGAUCUGUUUUACUUUUAUUUAUACGCAUGUUCAUUGUAAAAAAAAAAUAAAAGAGGUGGAAAUAAAUGUUGA